CUCUCUCUGUCUCUCUCUAUAUAUAUAUAUAGACACACACACACACACAUAUCCAUACACACACAGUAGAAGUUCAAAAGUGAGAAAGAAUGUCUAUACUGAUGAUUUGUAAUGGAGAGGAAACAGAGAUUGGGAGGCAACUGGCAGGUGGGGCAUGCCCUUAUUGUGGAGGGAAAGUGCAUUCAGUAGAUGUAAGAAGACAAUGGAAAUUUUGCUUUAUGCCCAUAUGCUUCAAAUUCAAGAGAAAAUAUUUCUGCACUUACUGUUCAAGGCGUUUGGUUUUGUACUUUUCAUAAACAUCGCAUCGAUUUUUACACCGGUGAUGUCUAGAGUGGCGUGUACAGAAGCGUGAUAUGACAGUUUUAUGGCCACGGAAUCGACCUAAAUACGACAUUUUAAGGCGAUAUAGAAGAUAUUUACCUGGGACAUGUUCGAGUAAGUCGAGUUAUUUGAAUGGAAUUGUAAUAAAGUGUGUGUUUGCGCUUUUGUAAAUUGGGAUUGCCAAGAGAAUGUGUGCGACUUGUCGUACGUCAUUUUGCCCAUCAAGAAUUCAUGUUGAGCACGAGUGUGAGAUUUGAUGAACAAAUUUAUGAUACGAAGUUGUUCGUGUGCAUUAAUUUAGUGUAAACAUAUGUAAAUUUAUUAAGUUGGAUAAUCUUUUUUAAGUGUAUCAACCAUUAUCAUUUUUCACUCCA